UCGUAUAUUAAUACUUGAAUUAAAAACAAAAAAUAAUACAAAAUCACGUUACGUACAUGUAUAGAAUUCCCAUUAAUUUCCCAACCAAAAUAACACAUCUCUUUCUAUAUAUACAUCAUAUUCACACACUUUAAAUCAUCUUUCCACAUCUAAAGCCACCCCCAAAAGUUAAUCACACACACAACACACACUAACUACACCAUGGCCUCCGUAGAGACCCCACCGGUUCCGGAGCCCGAGCCGGUCGUCGAGACUCCGGUUCCCGAGCCAGAACCGGAGGAAGCGCCGCCCACGGAGGUGGAGAAGGCGGUGGAGGAGCCACCCCCGGAGGUCAAAACUCCGGCGGCGCCCCUCGAUUACCUAGCCCUAGCUGAGGUGGUGCUGCGUUUUUUGUUGUUUGCUUCAGCUCUAGUGGCGGUUGUGGUGAUUGUUACAAGCAAGCAAACAAAGAAUUCAAGAGAUGCCAAAUUCAACUAUUCACCAGCUCUCAUAUAUUUCGUAGCAGCACUCUCAGUUGCGGGAUUGUACAGCUUCAUCACCACACUUUUGUCGUUUUAUGCUCUCCUGAAACCUGGCUGCUGUCCACAACUCUUAUCUCAUUUCGUCAUUGUUGAUGUUAUACUGCUAGGAAUUGUGGCUGCGGCAACUGGAUCUGCGGGUUCGAUUGCUUACACCGGUUUGAAGGGAAACUCUCAUUUGGGAUGGGGGAAAGUUUGCGACGUUUACGACAAGUUUUGUACAUACGUCGGAGCUUCCGUCGCUGUCUCGUUGUUUGCUUCUGUCGUGCUGGCUCUCUUGGUUCUUCUCUCUCUUCACUCUCUCUCUAAGAAGGUCCCAAAAUAGACAACGCUGCACAACAACGAACUAGUGUGUGUUUGUGUGUGUGAAUUGAUUCAUGACUUUGUGUAUUCAUUUUGUGCCAUUUGUGAAAAUGUAGUUAUGUUCUUGCAUGUGUAUAUAUUUGAUUUGUUGAA